GCAGAGAACAAAACAGCGGCCUUCUACUGUUUAUCAGUUUACUCCUUCUAGUGUUUACAAAUUCCACUCAUUUAAAGAAAUCCUCGUUGCCUAGUUGUUCCGACCAGCAACCCUUUGCUUUCCGCCGUAUCUCUCGUCCUCUCCAACUCCCCGCUGCCGCCCUUUCUCUCGUCGCUUGCCUCUGAAACCUGCGGCCCUGGCUGAAGCACUUCGAUAAAAUAAUAUACGAGCGCUUGGAUAAAUAUAGCGAGAAUGAGCAAUACCGACUUCCUUGGCCGAGCAAUCGACACGGUCAAGAAGGCCAUCGAGAGCGACAAUGAAGGCGAGUACGAGAAGGCUUAUCAGCAAUAUUACUCUGCAUUAGAGUUAUUCAUGCUUGCGCUGAAAUGGGAGAAGAAUCCCAAGUCCAAGGAGAUGAUUCGCGCUAAGACGGGCGAGUACAUGGAUCGCGCAGAGAAGCUGAAGAAUCAUCUAGCCUCGCAAGAUAGUCGGAAAAAGCCGAGCGCGGUGGGCGCCAAUGGGAAAGUGUCGCAGGGGAGUGGUAAAGGCGGAAAAGAGGAUGAUGACAAUGAGGACGCUGAUUCGAAGAAACUGCGAUCCGCCCUUGCUGGCGCUAUCUUGUCAGAGAAGCCGAACGUCAAAUGGGAGGACGUUGCAGGUCUCGAGGGUGCGAAGGAGGCGCUGAAGGAGGCUGUCAUCCUUCCUAUAAAAUUUCCACAUUUGUUUACAGGGCGACGGCAACCGUGGAAGGGCAUCUUGCUUUAUGGGCCACCGGGUACUGGAAAGUCGUACCUUGCUAAGGCUGUCGCGACGGAGGCAAACAGCACAUUCUUCAGUGUCAGCAGCAGUGAUUUAGUUUCGAAAUGGAUGGGUGAGAGUGAGAGGCUCGUGAAACAGCUCUUCAAUAUGGCCCGGGAGAACAAGCCUGCCAUCAUCUUCAUUGACGAAGUUGAUGCACUUUGCGGCGCUCGUGGAGAGAACGAUUCCGAGGCCUCUCGCCGCAUCAAAACUGAACUGCUUGUCCAAAUGGACGGAGUAGGCAACGACUCCAAGGGCGUCCUUAUCUUAGGCGCUACAAAUAUUCCUUGGCAGCUAGAUGCGGCCAUCCGCCGAAGAUUCCAACGACGAGUGCACAUCAGUCUUCCAGAUAUUAACGCACGCAUGAAGAUGUUCAUGCUAGCUGUUGGCUCAACUCCCUGCCAUAUGACACAGGCCGACUACCGGUCACUGGCAGAGCAGAGCGAAGGCUACUCCGGCAGCGAUAUCAGCAUCGCCGUCCAAGAUGCACUUAUGCAACCCAUUCGUAAAAUUCAAACAGCAACACACUACAAAAAGGUACUGCAUGAAGGUCAAGAAAAGCUAACACCAUGCUCCCCUGGUGACAAUGGCGCCAUGGAGAUGAGGUGGGAGAACAUCGAGGCCGACCAAUUACUAGAGCCUCCUCUCGUGCUCAAGGAUUUCAUCAAGGCCAUCCGCAAUUCACGACCGACAGUUAGCCAAGAAGACUUGAAGAGGAACGCGGAAUGGACACAAGAGUUCGGAAGUGAGGGUGCUUAGCCCUGUGCACCCUUCUGAGGGCCCAUCCCGUACCCCAUGUCCGCUUGAAUCCAAUAGACUAUGUCUCUAAACGAAGCCGCUGUCAAGGUCCCGUCUUGUUGAAAUUCGCAGAUGCUACACGUCUUCCUCAUAACGCGCGACUUAAAUGACCGCCA